AUGAAGUUAUUUCAAAGUUUGGAAGAGGAGAUAUUGCUUGCGAUGGUGGACAAAUAUUGCUCGCAACCAGUCCAUAAUUUCGAAUCAAAUAAUAGAAAGUUUGACGCUACUGUUAUUAAAGAAAAAGUGAUCAUUGAUAAAUUAAUUGAUCUUUAUCCCAGUUCCGUUGCUCCACAAUCCGUUGCAAUACUUGAUGCAUUGAUCUAUAAAAUGAGUGCUCCGUACAGACAUGCCAAGUUUUGGAGGUUCACUCGUCGUGUUUCAAAAGAAUUAAACAAGUUGAAUGCUUUGAAGCUCAAUAAAUAUUUAAAGAACAUCUCAAAGGACAUGUUGAAGUCAGAGAUGCGUUACAGUUUGAAUAUUUGUGCAAAACGAUAUAUAACAACAAUGCUGAUACGUAGGGCAGUUCACAGUUGUAGGCUUCGAAAGCUUUGUGAACAGGCUGCUUCGCACUGUCUUCAGCAUAUACAGACUGGGCAUUUGUUGCAAUCAAAUUUACUGUUGCUGGCAUUGAAUGCAGAUAUUUAUCAUGCUCUCAAGAAGAAUAUGGCCAAAAUAGUAGAAUGUUAUGAUUGCUUGCAGUCACUUCUUACCGAUCCUAGAUGGUUAAAAAUUGUAGCAGAAAGAGCGAAUAAUCGAGGAAUGGAAACCGGAGCCGUUGGUACCGGAAAUUCCUGUGGAACACUCAGCCCUACAAACACAUUACUUUUAUGGGUUGGAAAAGUAAGCAAAUUUGUCGUCUAUGAUGGUAAAGAAUAUUUGAAUUUGGCGACAACGAAUUUUUUGGGAUUGAGCGGAAAUCAAACUAUUGAGAAAGAAGCAAAAAAAGCUAUUUCGAAAUAUGGCGUUGGUUCAUGUGGACCACGUCAUUUUUAUGGUACAGUGGAUGUACAUCUUACAUUGGAAAAACAACUUGCCGAUUUCUUAGGAUGUGAGGAAGCGGUACUCUAUAGUUAUGGUUUCGUAACUAUUUCUAGCGCUAUACCAGCAUAUGCGAAAAAAGGAGAUGUUAUUUUUGCAGACAAAGGAGUGAAUUUUGCAAUACAAGAAGGACUUAAAGCGUCUAGAAGUCGUAUCGAGUGGUUCAAUCACAAUGACAUCAAUGAUUUGGAGAGGUUAUUAAUGGAACAGGCUGAGAGAGACCAUAAACUUCCAAAGUUAGCAUCGAAAACAAGACGAUUUAUGGUGGUUGAAGGACUUUACAUGAAUAGCGGCGAUCUGUGUCCACUGCCUGAACUUAUGGCUCUGAAAUGGAAAUAUAAAGUACGCAUCUUCAUCGACGAGUCAUUGUCCAUUGGUGUUAUUGGCAAAACAGGAAGAGAUUACAUAAUUACUCUUAAAUGCAAAGAUAUGAAAACAUAUAUACAAUACAUCUUGGCGAUCGAGCGAAUGUCGUUUUAUGACCCGUUCUAA